GUGAGGUCUGUCUCCAGCAGCAGGUGCCGGCCCAGAAGGCUGCGCCAGUGGUGCUGGACGUGGGGCGGAAGCAGAAGCCCGCCAAGAAGCAGAAGAAGAAGAAGGACCCAAAUGAGCCGCAGAAGCCGGUCUCGGCCUAUGCCCUGUUCUUCCGUGACACGCAGGCCGCCAUCAAGGGCCAGAACCCCAACGCCACCUUCGGGGAGGUCUCCAAGAUCGUGGCCUCUAUGUGGGACAGCUUGGGCGAGGAGCAGAAACAGGUUUACAAGCGGAAGACGGAGGCGGCGAAGAAGGAGUAUCUGAAGGCGCUGGCGGCCUAUCGGGCUAUCCAGACGGUAGCCGAGACGGCGGAGCUGGACCUGAACCCAGUGCCGCCCCCAGCAGCUCCCCAGCCAGCACCAGCUCCGGCCCCCGCGGCCCCCUCGCCAGCCCCCACGCCCCCUGCCCCCUCGCCGGUUCUGGAGUCCCCACCAGCCACCCCCCAGCCAGCGCCCGCCCCCGGGAACCUCUGCUCGCCGCCGCCAGCCCAGCCCAGCUUCACCAAGAUCAUCAUCCCCAAGCAGAUGCUGCCCUUGUCCUCGCAGGGCGGUGUGGUCACUGUCAUCCCCGUCACCUCCGUCACCUCCAGGGGGCUGCAGCUGGGCACGGGCGCCACCCAGAUAGUCACCCGCUCUGUGCUGCAGGCUGCGGCCGCUGCCGCCGCCGCUGCCUCCUCCAUGCAGCUGCCCCGGCUCCAGCCCCCGCCCCUGCAGCAGAUGCCCCCGCCCCAGCCCCCUGCCCAGCAGGUUGCCGUCCUGCAGCCGCCGCCGCCCCUGCAGGCCAUGCAGCAGCCCGCCCUGCAGCAGAAGGUGCGGCUCCACCUGCAGCAACAGCCCCCGCCCCUGCAGAUCAAGAUCCUGCCUCCACCUGCCCUGCAGAUCCAGCCUGUCACCCUGCAGCCC